AUGGGUUAUGGUAACCAAGGCACCUAUGCCUGCAAGUAUCAGAUAUGGAACCUGAAGCAAACAAGGAAGGCAAAAGAGGAGGAGUCCCAUUUAAAUCGUUUCCAAAAGCAGGGCUCCAGUGCUGCCUUACCAGGGGAGGAAAAUAAGAUUUUAUCAGAUCAAAGAGCUGCCUUACAAGAUCUCCAAGAAAGAGAGAUUCUGCUUAAAAAUGUCAACAUCACAGCAUCUAAUCAGGAUGAGAAUGAUCUAUAGCAUAAGGCGAUGGGUUCCCCAAGUCACCUGGAAGUUCCAUCAGGGCCAAGCCUUUAUUCCUGCUUUGUCUUCCACAAAAAGAAAGACUUGGUAAAGCACAGAAGGAGCCACUCCAAGAGCCAGCCCUCUACAUAUCCCAAGUACAAGAGCAGAAGGAGCUCUGACCUCAGGUGGAGGAUGGUCCUCUGUAAGAAGCAGUGUUUCCAAUGUGGUGAGUGAUAGAAGAGCUACCGCAUGAGGUGCAGCCUGAUUGCGCACCACGUCAUUCACACGGGGCAGCGGCCCUUCCGGUGCCCCGAACGUGAGAGAACCUUCCGGUGUAAUGCCACUUUGAAGAAGCAUCAGUGUUUGCACAAAGGUCAGAGACCAUUUUCCUGCCAGGAGUGUGGCAAGGGUCUCACCCAGCAGUCCAAGCUCACUGAGCACGUCCAGGUGCACAGUGGGGAGAAGGCUUUCCAGUGUCCACAGUGUGACCGAAGCUUCCGCCUGCAGAGAAGUUUGAAGGCCCGUCUUCGCCUGCACAGUGGGGAGAAGGCCUCCCAUGGUCCAGAGUGCAGCCGGAGCUUUUCCCGGGGGAAGGCAGCUGUGAAGGCCCACCAGUGUUUACACAGUGGGGAGAAGCUGUUUUCCUGAGAUUAGUGUGAUAGGAAAUUCACCCACAGGGCUAGACUCACUGAGCAUGUCAGAGUUCAUACUGGAGAGCCCUUUGAGUGUCCUGAGUGUAAGAAAGCGUUCCACCUAAAGAGAAACCUAAAAGCCCACUGUCAGCACAGCGGGGAGAAGCCCUUCCCGUGUCCAGAGUGUGGGAGGACCUUCUCCUGGAAAGCCAUGAAGGCCCACCAGGGUCUCCAUAGCGAGGAGAAGCCAUUCUCCUGUGCACAGUGUGGCAAGAGGUUUACCCGGCCCUCCAAGCCCACUCGCCUCAGCCGAGUCCACAGCAAGCAAAAGGAAUUCUCUUGUGCCGAGUGCAAAAAGACCUUUCCCCGGCAGUCAAGGCCCACGGAGCACCUCAGGGUCCACACCAAGGAAAAGCCAUUCUUCUGUGCCGAGUGCAGCCAGAGCUUCCACAGACACUCACACCUCACUGAGCACAGGUGGCUUCUCAGUGAGGAGGAUCCUUUCCAGUGUCCCGAGUGUGGCAAGAGCUUUUCCUGGAAGGCCUCCAUGAAGUUCCACCAGCGGAUGCACAGUGGCGAGAAGCCCUUCCCCUGUAGCGAGUGCAGUAAGGCCUUUACUCAGCAGUCUCAGCUCACUGAGCACACGAGAAUCCACCUGGGCAAGCCCUUCCAGCGUCCUGAGCACAAUAAGAGUUUCCGUCUCAAAGGACAUUUGAAAAGCCACCUGCUCCAACACAGUGGCCAAACCCCAUUCUCUUGUGUUAAGUGUAGCAAAAGUUUCACUCGGCUGCAGUACAGGCUCACAGAACACAUUCGAGUUCACUGUGGUGAGAAGCCCUUCCAGUGUCCAGCGUGUGACAAGAGCUUCGUUCCGGGGAGUUUGAAGGUCCAUUUGUACACGCACAGUGGACAGAAGCCCUGCAGGUGUCCCGAAUGCGGCAAAGGCUUCCUCCAGAAGAGAAGUUUGAAGACCCAUCUGCACCAUCAUAGAGGGGAGAGGCCUUUUGCUUGUGAUGAGUGUGGAAGGAGCUUCACAUACCUGGGGGCACUCAACACCCAUAAUGCUCCAUUGCAUGCCAGGGAAAAGCCAUCAGUCUCUAGGUCAAGCCACACAGACAGUGAGCUCUGUUGGCUCGCUCUGGCUGAAUCAGGAUAA